AUGGCGGAUCUCCAGACGGAGGAAGAGGACGACUGGGUGGUGGUCAAGAAGCAGAGAAUCGUCAUCCUAGUUCCGCCGCCAUCUCCGGCGCAGGACAAGAUCAGCAUCCCCAGAUCAAAAGAACAGCGAAACAAUCCCCAGAUGAAGAAUGAGAAUUCUUCCCCAAAUGAGCCACCACCCCAUCAUCGCCGCCGGAGACCGGCGGCGGCCCCCAUCGUCUCCGGCGCCGGCGGCGGCUUCUGGGGGGCCCGGCGGCGGCCGCUUGUCGGCCCAAUUCAGGUUAUGAACCAGAGAAUGAAGGCAGUAAAUCUGGAGAGGAGGCUGGAGAGACUCGGAGGGCUGAAGAGGUAUCUGGAGUCGCUAAGCCUGAGUCGGUUCGUGCGACUGAUUGAGAAGGAGCAGCUGGACAAGUUCCAGCUGGUUGGUCUCACCAUGGGGAAGCUCAAGGAGAUGGGCGCCGACGCAGUUGGCCCCAGGAGGAAGCUACUGCACGCCAUCGAAUGCCUCUGCCAGCACCCCCAUUUGUAG